GGAUAGGAGAGGGGCAGGAGGAUGAGGUUGGGCUGCUAUACAGAGGAGCUCGUGGAGCUGGGGAGCUUUGCCUUCCUGCCUGGCCCGGGCAUGCUGGAGCUGAAGGUGAAGUCACCGCGGGCCCCUCGAGAGACCGAGCAGCUGAACCUGACGCUCCUGAUGUUCAUGGAGAAAGACCUCUUCUUCCUGCGCAACCAGGGCAUCGACAAGUGCAGUUGGUGGAAGUACGCCCGCGACCGCUCCUAUGUCGUCCUCAAGGGGCACGUCGGUGUGCCUUUCAUCUAUAGCAGCAUUGUGUGGCCAGCAAAUGACAGCAUGUUCUGUGGCGCGCGGGACAGGUCCCUCGGCCAGGUCUUCAGCGCGAAGCACGCAUUGCAGAAUUGCCCUGGCAGGUGUCAGGACGUCGGCGGUGUUUGGACUACGCACUGGAAGUCCAGCAGCUGCCAGUGCCUCUUCAAUUGCCACCACACGGCUAAGAUGCCUGACAGGACCCACGUGCGCACUUUCACCAUAGACAGGUGCGGCAGGAGCAACCGAACGCUUGAGAAGUUCGAGUGCCGAGGCUGCCGGAGGAAAGAGGUGCAGUACGAACUGCGCUUCUCGCAGGGCCUCCAGCGGGUCAAGGACCUCUCCGCCGAGCGCAUGUUCCUCGGCCCAGUGCUGUCCUUGAUGCUGCUCUGCAGCGCGGUCCUCGUGGUUUUCGGGGUCGACGGCGCACAGGCCAGGCGCAAGGAAGCCCCUGCGACCGGGCCCUGGUCCGCGGCGAGCUGGGUGCCCCUGGACCCCCGGGUGCUGCUGCCUGGGCUGCACGCGCUGACGUGCACGUGCGGCAUCGCGUGGCUGCUCGUGGAGGCGAAGUCGGGAGAAGACGCCCUCGUCCUGCGUGUGAUGCUCCUCGCCUGCUGGCUGGCGGCGGUCUCGGCCGGGGUGUGGAGGCUGGUGGCGGAGGUGCCGGCAGCAGCUCUGCAGGGGGCGUGUCUGAAGCUCCGGAGCCGGCUGCCUAUUGGCAGGUCGAGUCUUCCGGGCUGCGGCGGUUCCCCCUGCCUGCUCAAGGCCACAGUUUUUCUCGGGAGCGUUGUGCCGACACUUCUCAUCCAGGCCAACGUUCUCUCAUCUGUGAGAGGGGAUCCUGGCUUUGUCUCGUUGCUGUGGCUGUUGUUGUCCGUGGGGGCCCUGUGCUGGGCCUGCUGGGCCUGCACCCAGAGCAAGCCCAGCGGCGCCCCCUGCUUGGGAACUUUGUACGCGAACGAAGCCAGGGUCUUGGUAGCCAUCGUCGCCUCUUACCCGCUGGCAACCAUAUCGGCCGCGCUAUUUGCGAGGUAUCUGAGACUAUCAAUACAUUUCAUUGUUCCAUUUUUUGUUCAGAUGGGGUCGAUGCUGAAGCUCGCCAGGCACCCGCGCGUCUUGAUGGUGUCGCUGGCAGCCGUCUUCUCUAUUCAGCUGGCCCUGCAGGUCACGCUCGCCGUGCACGCCAAGGAGCUGCUGCCCGUAGGCCAGAAGCCCAUGUCGCUCACGUUCGACGCGAACUCGCCGUGCGACUACGGGGUCAACGGCGUACCCGUGGCACUGUUUGACGGGAAGCCCCCGGAACACGUGUCGUACGCAUUGGGCCACGACUGGUACAAGAGGCGUCCCAUGUUUUGGUUGUCGCAGUCUAUCUUCGACGUCUGCGAGACCAUGAUCAACGCCAAGGGCAAGAUCAACCGAAUCAGAUACGGCUUCGAACGCAAGUAUCCAUCCACAGGCUGCAUAGCGUUUGUUCUGGCCACCCAGCUCUGCAAGUCCGUUUCGUUGUAUGGCUUUGGUCCAGACAGCACGCGCGACGCGGAACAGUCCAGCAACCCCAGUCAGACCAACGGGAGCCAGAAGGGCCCGGUGACGUACUCCCUCUUCAAAGAGAAGGCCUUCCUGGCUUUCCACGACUUCGGCACAGAGCACGCGAUCAUCAGCGGGUUUGCCCACGCCACAGACGUGGCCGGCGUCCUCAAGCAGUGGUCGAAGAGGAUCAUCAAUAACGCAACUUUUCAGAAGAUGUGGAAGGGCGCCGUGCCAAUCAUCAAGAGGGGGCUGUCGUGCGCGAAGAUCCGGUACCCGGGUCCAGGCAUCACUCGGGCACACGUCGAUCUGGGACCGUGCAAGAGCGAGCCUCUGCUGCGCCUCACGGAGGAGCACUGCGUGGAGAUGGCGACAGUGGCCCUGGGUGGCCAGCCAGGCUGGGCGGCCACUGGGCCGAAGAAGGAGUGCGACGUGUACGAGUCCUGCGCGGCCUGCGAGGACACGCUCGGCGAGUGCAGCGUCGAGGGGCUGAAGAUGGUCCGCAUCCGGGCCAUUGGGGGCGAGGGCCCGGGCCCGUCCUGCGAGGAGCUCCCGCUCGCCGCGGACGUGGUGGCGCCGCUCAUCGCGGGCGCCGAGUCGGUGCCGAAGAAGCUCCGCGAGGAGUUCGAGGCGUUCCGCAGGGCAAAGGUCCCCGGGCUCGAGACCCUGCUGAGGCCGGACGCGAGGAAGCCGGGGCAACCGAGGCCGUGGGACACCUGCGCCAUCGUGGGCUCCGGGUCGGAGCUGGCCGGGCAGAGGGCCGGGGCCGCCAUCGACGCGCACGAGCAGGUGUGGCGGCUGAACACGCAGGUCGUACACGAGAUGCAAGAGGACCUCGGCAGGAAGACGACGCUGGUCAUCUCCAACCAUCACGCCUGGCGCCGCAUCUGCUAUCCAUCAGACCCGUGACGCGCUGAGCAGGGGCCGUUAGAUGCGGAUGUGGUCCUCCAUUUGAUAUCCAUCGUCCUCCCCCCCCCUUUUCUCGUCAUCGCCACCACUUUCAUCAUCAACAUUGUGCGGCGCAGCGUCUUGACCUGGGUGCUCGUGGAACGUCACGCCACCA